AACAUCGAAGUGCCCCAAAGCAGCAACUCUAGAGGAUCCUUGCCUUUGAAAACAAGAAAUGGAUCAAUUAAGCUGGUUUUGGAUUGUGCAGCAGCAGCUCUAGAGGAUCCAUGUCAUUGCAUUGGUCGCUGUCCACUGCGCCGGUGGUGCUGAAAUCUGGAUGAUGCCGGCGCAGAGACUGCAGGGCUGCCGCUCCCUUCACAUUAACGAAGACAAUGGACGCUUUCUGCUGCUCGCCCUGCUCAUCAUCGUGUACCUGCUGUGCGGCGCUGCGGUGUUUUCCGCCAUCGAGAGGCCGUCCGAGCUGCGGGCGCACGGGCGCUGGAACCGGACCCUCCUCAACUUUAGCGACGCGUUCAAUAUCAGUUUGCAGGAUCUGAGCUCCUUCCUGAAAGAGUACGAGGCUGCGAUUGCUGCUGGAGUUCGGGUCGAUGCUCUUCGACCCAGAUGGGAUUUUACUGGGGCGUUUUACUUUGUUGGAACGGUGGUGUCUACUAUUGGCUUUGGCAUGAGCACCCCUGUGACAGUCGCCGGGAAGAUUUUCCUGAUCUUCUACGGUCUAUUAGGCUGCGCGGCCACCAUCCUCUUCUUCAACCUCUUCCUGGAGCGCAUCAUUACCCUGCUGGCGGUGGUGAUGAAGGCUGUGCGUCUGCGGCGUCUGCGCACCAGCGGCCUCCUUCCGCCGGGAAUCUGCCAGGACUUCGCCGCCAGCACGUUACCAGGCUGGAAACCCUCGGUGUACCACGUUAUGCUGAUCCUGGGUCUGUCAGCCAUCGUGAUCUCCUGCAGCGCGUCAGCCAUGUAUACCCCAGUGGAGGGCUGGGCGUAUCUGGACUCGCUUUAUUUCUGCUUCGUCACUUUCAGCACCAUUGGGUUCGGGGAUUUGGUGAGCAGUCAAAACGCUGCGUACGACUACCAAGGACUCUAUCGGCUAGCCAACUGUCUGUUUAUAUUGGCUGGAGUGUGUUGCAUUUAUUCCCUCUUCAACGUCAUCUCUAUUGUAAUUAAGCAAGUCCUCAAUUGGAUGUUGGGGAAAAUGAGUUGCCUGUGCUGCCAGAGAUGCAACAAAGCCAAUGCUUUCUUAGGACGGCGUAAUGCUAUCAGACCCGGGUCUAGACUCCGACGCGGACGAUUCGGACAGACGCCGGAUUCCGAUGGGCCUUGCGAUAGCGAUACCGAAGGCCGACGGCUUUCAGGGGAGAUGAUCUCCAUGCGGGAUCUGACGGGAUCUAAUAAGAUAUCUCUCGCAAUUAUGCAGAAACAGCUGUCGGAAUCCGCUAAUGGAUAUCCCAGAACGGUGUGCGGAAGUUCACGACAGAAUGGAUUUUCAGGUGGCGUCGGAGCACUGGGUAUCAUGAAUAAUCGAUUAGCAGAAACCAGUGACUCUAGGUAGGGUUAAAAUCUCUAAAAAAUGAAGUGAAUCCAACCUUCUCUCUCUGGAAGACGAGCAGUUUUUGGGUCGUGUCGAAAUUUGUCUUGAGCUCGUGUAGAUCAGCAUGGCUUGCAUGAAUUGUGUAGGAUCUCCUGUAGGAUUUUGGGGAUUUCAGCUUGCAACAGAAUGCGUAGGAAGCAUUGAUGCAUUCUGAGGAUAUCGGAAAGAUCAUAUCGAUGAGUUGUAAGUCAUAAUUACAAGCAAGAAGCAAGAAAGGUUUGUGUCAGUGAGAAAACGUGAGACGGACGAAGCUUUUAUAUUAAUAGUCAGUUUGUUUAUGAAUC